GGUUGGAGAAAUGGCCUCAGAUCAAAUCACAGUUGCAGCCCUGGGUCGACCUUUCACCCUAGGAAUGCUCUAUGACGCUCGGAAAGAUGAACUGAUCCCAGGUAUAACAUUGUGGGAAGAGAAAACUCUAGAAGAGCACACCACUGAAAAUCUUCAGCACAGCAGUAAUUUUGACAUUUCUGCAUCUGACUCCAUUGAAUCCAAGUCCUCUCUGCUGGAUAUUGAAGCUUCUCUGAGUGCCAGUUUCCUGAGUGGACUGGUUCAAGUUGGAGGAUCUGCCAAGUAUCUGAAUGAUGAGAAGAAAUUCAAGAAUCAGAGCAGAGUGACAGGUCGGUUCAAAGCUACUACCAACUUCAAGCAGCUGUCAGUGAAUCACCUUGGAACCAUGAAAACCCAAGACAUGGAUGUCAUUAAGAAGGGCAUGGCAACACAUGUCGUCACAGGCAUUCAAUAUGGGGCAAAUGCUGUCUUUGUGUUUGACAGUGAGAAGUUACAAGACAACAGCGUUCAGGACAUCCAGGGCAGCAUGGAAGCUGUGAUAAAGAAGAUCCCGUCAUUUGAUGUUAAGGGAAGAGUUGACAUCAAACUGACUGAUGAGGAAAAAACCCUGACCAACAAAUUCUCCUGCAAAUUCUACGGAGACUUCAUUCUUGACAGCAACCCUGUGACAUUCAAAGAUGCAGUGAAGACCUACGUACAACUCCCACAGCUACUGGGAAAAAAUGGAGAGAACAGCGUUCCAGUGAAGGUCUGGCUGAUGCCACUGAAGAAUUUGGAUCUGGAAGCUGCUGAUCUGAUGUGUGAUAUCAGUGUUGGACUGGUGUGGAAGGCACAGGAUGCUCUGGAAGAUUUAAGGGAAAUGCGAAUGAGAUGCAACGAUUCUCUGGAAGACAGAGUGGUAGAGAACUUUCCACAGAUUCAAGAAGGGUUACGCACUUUCCAAAAAUUGUGUGGCUAUUAUGAGUCUAACCUCCAGCAGACCAUGGCAAAGAAACUCCCAGCCAUCCGUGAAGGGAAAGAAGAUGAGAGCUCUGUAGCGCAACUCUUUGAAGACAGAGACAAGUCACCAUUCAGUCAUGAAAAACUAAGCAAGUGGCUGGUUCAUAAGGAGAGAGAGAUCAACAUCAUCAGAUCCUCUCUGGAUAUCAUGAAGGGAACAAAGAUCGUCCCAGAUCAGUCAGAGCUGGACAGAGAGGUUCUCACACCAGGUGUAGAUGAUGCUUUGUGCUUCGUUUUCACCUCCCUGGGCAGCAUCGAUCCCUGCCUUGAUGUGUUGACCAACUACCUGAACUCACCUGAAUUGAGCUUUACCAAUGAAGACCCGUGGUACUUCUCACGUGAUGUUUUCAUCAGAAUGAGAGAAAAAGCCAAAGAUUUCCAUGAUCUUGCCAAAGCACAGAAAAACAACAAACGAUUCCGGUUCCUUGUAGCAGCCAUUGCAAAUGAGAAAUACACAGGAGCAACCAUCUAUCAUUACAAGGAAGGCAUCCUGGCCACUGAAGACUUUUUAAAGCCCGAACUGCCUGAAGUGGAGACCAUCACAGACAGAAGAGAUCUGAUCUGGUGUAAGUCAUUUUUAAUGUGUUUUUGGUAA